UGUAGAUGUCUAAUAAAUUGUUGAAAGUUUGGACUCUAGACGGUUCGGUAAAAGCAGCUGUGGUAUGCAGUAAUUUGGCUGAAUUGAAAACCAAAGCUGCCCAAAAGCUUGGUUUUGAUAUCGCUUCGUUCAAAAUUGAUGAUGGUACAGAUAUCGAUGUUAAUGAAAUUGUGCAAUAUUUAAAUCCCGGUGCAAUAGUGUAUGCUUUAAAUGCUGAUGAAGCUAUCAGAAGCUUGGCAACAACAUUGUCUAUAAUACCCGGUACACCAGACUACACAUUCGAACCAUUGCAGAAUUCUACACCAAAAACAAGCAUGACUAGCAUUACUUCAGCUGCAGAUGUGCAUCACAUGGAAGACAUGGAAGAGAAACAGCCAAGCACGAGCAAGCAAGUUGUACGUUAACGACCAAGGGACUUGCCUGUGAUUUCAAGUAAUAACGACGUUUCAAUUAUUGUGGCAUUAAAGAAGCAUCCAAAAGAAAAGUGGAUAGUAGAAGAGGGUAACAAAGCCGUAAUGGCACGUGAAGCUCGUUUGGCAAUGGUCAAAGCAGCAUGUAGUCAUUUCAUUGACUUAUUUGGA